AGUCGAACAGAACCGGAAGUGAGUCAUAGCGCGCGGCUGUUUGGAUGUGGAAACCCAGACUUCAAACUGGGGUGAGUUGUGAGGACAUGGAUCGGUACCUACUGCUGGUGGUUUGGGGGGAAGGAAAAUUCCCCUCGGCGGCCAAUGGACCGGAGGAGCAUGGGCCAGAGGAGUCGUCGGUUGAGGGUACGGAGAAGCAACCGGACUUCACUGCAGCAAAUGUUUAUCACUUCCUGAAAAGAAACAUUAGGGCUUCCAUUAAUCCUGAAGAUAGUACUUUUCCUGCCUGUUCAGUAGGUGGUAUACCAGGUUCCAGGAAGUGGUUCUUUGCAGUGCAGGCAAUAUGUGGAUUUUAUCAGUUUUGUAGUUCUGAUUGGCAAGAGAUAAAUUUUGAUACAGAAAAUGAUAAGAUUGAAGAUGUUCUUCAAACAAACAUCGAAGAAUGUUUGAAUGCUGUUGAAUGUUUUGAAGAAGAUGACAGCAAUAGCAGAGAAUCUUUAUCCCUGGCUGAUUUGUAUGAAGAAUCUGCAGAAAAUUUGCAUCAGCUAACAGACAAGCUUCCUGCUCCUGGUAGAGCAAUGAUAGAUGUAAUUCUACUGCCCUCUGACAAAGAUCCUCCUAAAUUGAAAGACUGUUUACCUACUGUAGGAGCACUAAAACAUUUGAGGGAAUGGUAUUCAGCAAAAAUUACUAUAGCCGGAAGUCAUUCUGAAAUAAAUUGUCAAAAAAUUGCAGAAUAUCUAUCUGCUAAUGUUGUAUCUUUAGAAGAUCUCAGAAAUGCUGUUGACUCACAGGAAUUAUGGAGGGGAAAGAUUCAGAUAUGGGAAAGAAAGUUUGGAUUUGAAAUCAGUUUUCCUGAAUUUUGUUUAAAGGGAAUCACACCUAAGAAUUUUAGUACACCUAAUUUACAUACCUGCUUUCUUGACAAAAAGAUAAUACUAUCAAAGGAUAAAAGUGUUUUGCCAAAGGUUUUCCAUUAUUAUGGUCCUGCUUUAGAAUUUGUGCAGAUGAUAAAAUUAUCAGAUCUACCCUCCUGUUAUAUGUCGGACAUUGAGUUUGAGCUCGGAUUGACAAGUAACAAUGCCAAACAGAGUUCUGUGCUGCUGCUGGAACAGAUUUCUUCUCUAUGUGGAAAGGUUGGUGCUCUUUUUGUAUUGCCAUGUACCAUUAGUAGCAUACUUAUUCCACCUCCCCACCAACUCAGUUCCAGAAAAUGGAAGGAAUAUAUAACUAAAAAGCCUAAGACAAUCAGUGUUCCAGAUGUUGAAGUGAAAGGAGAAUGUUCUGGCUAUUAUCUCUUGUUACAAGGAAAUGGCACUAGAAGAUGCAAAGCCACAUUGCUUCACUCAGCCAACCAGAUCAAUGGCUCAUUUGCACUCAGUUUAAUUCAUGGAAGGAUGAAAACACAGAUAGAAGAAGCCAAAUUGAGCUUUCCUUUUGACUUAUUAUCACUUCCGCACUUUACUAAGGAGCAGGUGGUACAGAGAGAGAAGCAGUUAGCUGAUGUGCAAGUUUUGGCUUUGAAAGAAUGCCUGAAAAGGAGAAAGUUGGCAAAGCAGCCUGAAGCAGUAUCUGUGAAUGAACUCAAAAGUCUAUUAAUACUCACAAGGGAACGCUUUUUUAAUCAUUUUGAUGCUGUUAUUCCUAAAACAGUUCUAAGACAGACAGACAAAAGUAAAACCUCCAAUAUGUUAAAGGAUGCCCCUCCAGUAGAACCUGAUUCUUCAAGUCUAAUGGAAUGCAAUCCUCUGGAAUGGCCAGAAAGUCAUGUUCUUCAAAAUUUGGAAACACUCAAAAAAGCUAAGCAAAAAAUGAGAACUGGCUCAUUACCUCGUUCAUCUGAACAGUUGCUGGGCCAUAAAGAGAGUCCACGAGAUUCGAUCACAUUAGAUGCUAAAGAACUGCUGAAAUACUUUACCUCUGAUGGGUUACCAGUGGGAGAUCUUCAACCUUUACAGAUUCAAAAGGGAGAAAAGACUUUUGCUCUGACACCUGAACUCAGUCCUCGAAAACUUCAGGUCUUACCUUUUGAAAAAGCCUCAGUGUGUCAUUAUCAUGGAAUUGAAUACUGCCUAGAUAACCAAAGAGCUUUAGAGAGAGAUGGGGGAUUUUCAGAACUUCAGUCUCGUCUUAUUCGUUAUGAAACGCAAACCACCUGGACCAGAGAGAGCUUUCCAGUACCUGCUGUGUUGAGCCCUCUUCCAUCUCCCGCAGUUUUGUCGGAGCCUGGGAGUGUCCCAGAGGAAGAAGCUUUACAAAGUGAACUCCGAACUGAAGCAUCCCGGUUGAAAAGGAGAGCUACAGAUCGGAACUGCCUUUAUCCCUCGAAAAGACUUGCAAAAUCGGAAAGCUCCGAUUCUCUUCUUUCGCUAACAAGUGCCAGUAGUACUCACCAUCGUGUGGUUUCAUCCAGAAAGCCACGGGAACAGCGGUCGUUCUCAGUGGCUGGUCCCUUGGUUCAAGUUCCUGGCUGUGAAACUCCAAAAAUCACUGCAAAGGCCAGUUCAAGUCAAAAAAGUGUGCGUGAAUCAAAAUCAUCACGGCAGAUGAAGGAAUCGAGGUCACAGAAACACACACGGAUACUGAAAGAAGUAGUUACGGAGACCCUGAAGAAACAUAGUAUUCCCGAGACUCAUGAAUGUUUCACUGCCUGCAGUCAGAGGCUCUUUGAAAUCUCUAAGUUGUACCUUAAGGAUCUUAAAACUUCAAGGGGUCUUUUUGAAGAAAUGAAGAAGGCAGCAAAUAACAACGCAGUACAGGUGAUUGACUGGGUAUUAGAAAAGGCAAGCAAGAAAUAACACAGAAUCAUUCUCAUUAGGACCAUUAUUAAUUGGGUGGAGUUAAUAUUUACUACUUCAUUCUUUGGUUUGAAAAUUAUAAACAAAUUUCAAAUGUUAUUCAAAGAAUUGGUGUUAACAUUUCUAAAAAUGUUGUAAAUAUCCUAUAUUUAUAUAG